CCUUUUUCCUCGAAACCUCACAACCAUAUUACACUCUCUCUCUUUGUCUCUCCUUCAAAAACAAAUGCACUACACUCAUUAGUCAUCGGCUUUGUCUCACUCUCCCUCUCUACCCUCUCCAUCUCUCUCUAAAGUUCAAAAGUUUCUAUUUCCAACAACAAAUUCCCUAUUAUCAAACACUUCACUCUCUCAAAAAACACAGCUGACCAUAUUGCAUGUAAUGACAGAUUACCGCUCACUCCCGACAAUGAAUAAUAACAUGUGGACAGACGAAAACUCCUCCGUCAUGGAAGCUUUCAUGAGCACCACCGACCUUUCAUCUAUCUGGCUUCCAACACCAAACUCUGCCGCAUCAACCUCCGCCCCAGGACCCGACACAGCCAAACCUCCACCACAACAGCAGCCUCUCUUCAACCAAGAAACUCUCCAACACCGUCUUCAAGCUUUAAUCGAAGACGCAAAAGAAAACUGGACCUACGCGAUCUUCUGGCAAACCUCAUACGACUACUCCACAAACCGACAGCUCCUCGGCUGGGGGGACGGUUAUUACAAAGGCGAAGAUGACAAAGAGAAAGCCAAAAAGGUUAUCCUGCCUGAACAACAAGCUCACCGCAAUAAAGUCCUCCGCGAACUCAACGCCUUAAUAUCCGGCUCGUCUGGCUCAGACGAUGUCGUUGACGAAGAUGUCACCGACACUGAGUGGUUCUUUCUCACGUCGAUGACACACUCCUUCGUCAACGGCAGCGGUUUACUGAGCCAGGCUUACUUUAAUUCUUCUCCAGUAUGGAUCACUGAUAGGCUCUCCAUGUCCACAUGUGAAAGAACCCGUGCAGCACAUGUCCAUGGGUUUCAGAGUUUGGUAUACAUACCAGCACCAUCUUCAAACGGCGUCGUUGAGCUUGCAUCGACGGAGAUAAUUCCACAUAGCGCUAAUAUAAUGGAGAAGGUUCGUUUUCUGUUUGAUUUCAAUAAUCCAGAAGCACGAUCUUGGCCGUUGAAUUCCGGUGAUAACGAUCCUUCUUCCAUGUGGAUGGAUAUCUCCGGCUCCGUUGGGAAUGAAAUUAGAGAAACAGUCAACACUGUUAGUGCCGUUAGUGUAACCGCUUCAGCAAAUGCAACAAUUACCAAAAAGCCGCAGUUUGAAAUUCACGGUGCUUCUUCUACUCUACCGGAAACAUCCACCGCCGUUAACCUUUCAACCUCUCAGCGCCAGAACCAGAAUCAGAGUUUCUUUCCAAGGGAACUGAAUUUUUCAGGUUCUUUAAAACCGGAAUCCGGCGAGAUUCUGAACUUCGGUGAGAGUAAAAAGAGUUCUUACAGCUCCGCCAAUGGUAAUUUCUUUUCCGGUCCGUCACCGUUCGCCGCCAACGACGAAAACAGAAAAAGAAAUUCCCCGGUGUCUAGAAGUAGUAUCGACGACGGAAUUCUUUCAUUCACUUCCGGCAAACUGUUACAUGCUUCAGGUAUAAAAUCCGGCGGAGAUUCCGAUCAUUCAGAUCUGGAAGUCUCCGUGGUGAAGGAAACUAUCAGCAGUCGAGCAAUCGAACCAGAGAAGCGGCCACGGAAGCGAGGUAGAAAGCCUGCAAACGGAAGAGAAGAACCCUUGAACCACGUGGAAGCGGAGAGACAGAGACGAGAGAAACUGAAUCAGAGAUUCUACGCUUUACGCGCCGUGGUUCCGAAUGUUUCUAAAAUGGACAAAGCUUCGCUUCUUGGCGACGCGAUUUCUUACAUAAACGAAUUGAAAUCGAAGCUACAAGGGCUUGAAUCAUCGAAAGGUGACUUAGAGAAAGAACUAGAUACAACAAGAAAGGAGCUAGAAAUUGCUACCAAAAAACCAGUUCAGUUGAAUGAAGAAAAAGAGAAAACAAACAACAACAACAACUCUAAGUUGAUUGAUUUGGACAUAGAUGUGAAAAUCAUGGGAUGGGAUGCGAUGAUUAGGAUUCAAUGUAGCAAGAAGAAUCACCCUGCGGCGAAAUUAAUGGCGGCGUUAAAAGAAUUGGAUCUUGAUGUGAAUCAUGCUAGUGUUUCUGUUGUUAAUGACUUGAUGAUUCAACAGGCUUCUAUUAACAUGGGAAGUAGAUUUUAUACACAGGAACAACUUUUAUCAGUUCUUACUUCCAAAAUUGGUGAUACACAAUGAGAUUGAAUGCUGGAAAAUUUUCUCUGAUGUAAAACAAUUAUGUUUCUUUUUAUGAUUUUUAGCUAGUACUAGUACUAUUUAUUAGCUUGUUUCAUAUUUUUUAUGUAAUAUUAUCCGUAGUAGUAGAAUUAGGGGACAUCUUUUCUUCUUCCUCGUGGGAGAAAAGAAAGAUAGUAGUAGUAGUAGGUAAACUGAACUAUUUUUUUGUGUUCAAAGAUUAUUAUCUGUUUUCUGUUGAGUUGUAUAUAUGUUUCUCAAUUAUCAUAAAUAUGAAUUCAGCUUCAUCAAUUUUCUAGUUUA